UAAGGGGAAAUUAUACAUUUACACUUUGUUGAGUACCCCUUUUCAAAUUUACACUCAGGAGGAGGACAUUUUCACAAAUACCUAAUUGUUUAGUAGCCGAAAGACAAUAAUAACCCUCGCAAUUUUAACCUUUUCUCUCGAAUCUCUCUAGCUCGCCAUCGAAGGCGACGAGAUUACAGAGCUACGACGGCGAUUCUAGCAACGGCGACGACAAAAGGUCUUCUCUCUCACUAGUCACGCCGUCUCUCUGGAAAGAGCAUCCGGUGACGACGAAUAACAAUCAGACUAUACGAUUCAAAAUUUCAUCUCAAAAAAUGUCGUCUACUCCUCACGAUUCUCCUCUACACGAUUCUCCUAUACACGAUUCUCCUCUUCACGAUUCUCCUAUUCAUGAUUCUUAUCUUCACGAUUCUCUACAAUUGGAUAGCAACGAGUUUUGCACAACCUUGAAAUUGCCUGGGAGGGUUUAUGAAGCUGUAGAAACACCAGAUAAUCCCAAAGCGAUAAUCCAUCACUCAAAGAUUGAUUAUAUCGAGAAGGUGGAAGAUAUAUUAGGAAAAGAAGAGUUUUCUUUCAUAGAGAACUCUCACAUUGGGAGCAUUUUGAAGUUGGUUAAAAGGAAUAGGGUUCAAUUUUCAGAAGAGUUGUUCCAUUUUCUAAUGCAGCGAAGAGUAUUGACGCAAGGAGAGGAUCUCUGGUUUACUUUCUCGGACCAGCCUAUGAGGUUUUCACUAAGGGAAUUUCAUCUGACAACAGGCUUACGUUGUGAGGAAGAUCAGACAAUAACAGAGCCGCUGUUCAAAAUAAUGAAGAAGCCAUACAUUUGGAUGCUGGGCAAGAUUGAUAAGUUUACGGUGAGAACGUUAUAUGAAAUGUUUAAAAAGAAAGCACGAAGCAUGCCAACACUAGAAAGAUUAUCCCUUGGAACAGCAAUACUCACAGAAGCGGUAAUUAUGGCAGAAAAUCCGAGUUCUAAAAUCCCGAGAGACAGGUUGCAGCGUUAUAUGAACUAUCGCUCACACAAGAUUGCUUGGGGUAAAACUGCUUAUAGAAUCUUGAUGAGAAGUGUAAAAAGUUUGAGUGCAAGUUCCUGGACAGGAGAUAGUUAUGAAGUGAGUGGUUUUGCGCUAGCCAUAAAUCUGUGGGCAAUGUCAUCAGUGAAUGUGCUUGGUAAAUCUUUGGGAAAGCCAUGCGAGACAUCCUCUUCUUCUGAUCCGUUGUGUCUACAUUGGGACUCAACAAGAACUCCGACAAUAGCUGAAGUGUUAGAGCUGGAGAAGAUAAACAAUGUUGAGGUUAGCACAGUGAUUGGAUUGGCUGAGGAAUACAAACAUUUGGUGGGGGCAACACAUAGUGACGAUGCUGACUUUCACAGUGUUGUGAAACUAGUUCAACAAGGAUACAAAAUGAGGAGAAGCGAUUGGGAGAAAGGUUUUGUGGAUAUGUUUGUUGCAACAGAAGAUAUAGGUCAACAACGCAAGACAAAAGACGAAGAUGCAGAGCAUGGUGAAGAUCUGAACCAUAAUGAAGAUGAAGAGGAAAAGAAAGAUGAAGAGGAAAAGACAGAUGAAGAGGAAAAUAAAGAUGAAGAGUAUCAAAAGGAUAAGGAGCAAAGAAAAGAUAAAAAUCAUUCCAUGUCUAACAGCGAGAAACUUGAUAAGCUAAUCCAAAUGGUUCGUGAUUUGGAUAAGCGAGUAGUAAUGAUCCAGAAUGUUUUAGGAGUUAAGUUUAACGACAGUUCACCAAACAAAGAAGAUUGUGAAAAUGGAGCUAGUUCUGGUGAUAGAAGAAGUGCACAAGAUUAUGAAAAUGAAGAAGAUACAAUUAAUGAAGAAGCAAACUCUGAUGAUAAAAAAAAUGCACCAGAUGAUGAAAAUGAAGAAGAUACAAUUGCUGAAGCAGCAAACUCUGAAGAUACAAUUGCUGAAGAAGCAAACUCUGGCGAUGGAAGAAGUGCACUGGAUGAUGAAAAUGAAAAAGAGAUAUGUGAUGAAGAAGCAAAAUCUGGUACAGAGCAUCAAAGGGAAGAAGAGAAUAUUCUUGGGGAAAUUGAGACUACACAAAAAAUCACUCAAGACGAAGACACAGAAAAACUUGAAUCAGAAAGUUGCUUGAAACAAACGUCGCAGGUUACGUCGCCUACUCCAACAUUCAAUACUCCAAACUUUGAUACAAGGGUUUCAUCGCCUAAUCCAACAUUUACGUCUCCUAAGUUUGAUCUCCUUUCCCAAGAAAGUCAUAGUGGAAAGGGUACAAAUGAGGUUCUUAUGAGAGAUGUUUAUGAGAUUCCUGUUUUCCAACCUCUAAUGAAAAUAAAAAAGAGAUUGGUACAACAACACAGCCAGGUAAACGAAGAUGUUGAGCCUCCACUUCAAAAGAAGUUUAAAGCUGAUACAGAUAAUGUUCCGCUAAGAAGAAGUGAAAGAGGUCAAAUACCAUCCAUUCAUACACAACCACCGUUUACAGGAGCAAGGAAGAAACAUCCGAUUCUUCAUCCCUUUGAGCCAGUUGAUAAAACAAGAAAAGAAAAAAUGAGAGAAUGGAAAAUGUCAAACAAAAGAAAGAAGCUGAGAAUCAAUCAAGAGAUAGUAAACGCAAAGUGGUUUUCGGAUAUUGAAACUCCGGGAAAAAAACUUUCAAAAACGCAUAUUGAAGCAGGUUUUGAGUUGCUGAAACUGAGACAGAUAAACAAUCCAGAUUUGUUUCUGAACAAAACUGCCUUAGUUGUUGGAGUGAAGUUUCUUGAAGAAAUAGAUGAGUUUUAUGAUGAGUUUUUAGAUGACAAGAAAGGUUUCCAAUUUGGAGCAGGCUUUGACAAGUACAACAUAGAGAAGAAUAUCAACUUCCUCUAUUCGGCCAUUGCAGUAGCAGAGAAGUAUUGGCUUGGAGUUGUAAUCAACUUGGAGAAGAGAAAUAUCACAGCAUUCAAUUGUGCAGCAAUGAAGUUCACAGAUGCGAGUUUGGUCCCUUACGUUAAUGCAUAUGCGAUGGCUCUCCCAUUCAUGAUUCGCUACUUCUUCAAAGAUGUCAGCAUGGAUACAAGCAAGUUCUCGAUAAAAAUUGUAUCUGAAGGUUCUUAAAAUAGAAGACAGUGGAGUUUAUGCAUUGAAGCUGAUAGAGUGCCAUGCAAUGCGUAUAGUGGAUUUGACAAAGCUGAGUGAAGAAAAAAUUGCAAUCAUCCGAGAAAAGUUGGCGGUUGAUAUCUUCUCGGAAUUACAAUGAAUACUAAUGUGGGAAUGAACAAAAACUUUAUAGCUUGCUUAUAGUUAUGUGUGAACAACUAUCUGUUUUAUGCGUGUUUGGUAAACUUUGUUUGUAGAAUUCUGAGUAUUAUGAGUUUAUGACUUGGAUUUAUGGUUUUCCUU